AUGCAAAACUCGACCACUGGUGGCAGCAGUGGAGGAGGAAGUGGUGGUGGCAUUUCCGGUUUGAUGAUCCCUCUGUACAUUCUGAUUUUCCUGCUGGCAGUUGUUGGAAACUCCUUAGUCAUCGUUACCCUGGCAAGAAACAGGAGGAUGAGGACUGUUACCAAUGUCUAUCUCCUGAACUUGGUAAGUUUUUCAUUUUAA